CCCACACACACAACCCCACACACACACACACACACACAAACUCUGGAUCUGCUCAAAACCAAGGUUUGCACUGUGAAAUAAUUCCAUUAGGAAAAACUCAAUGAAGCAAAAUAAGUCCUAUUGCUGUGUAAUGGAAGAGGCUGAUCCAGCCAACUUGGCGAACGUCAACGUCUUUGAAUGGGUUGUUCAAGGUGAUGUUUCAGCUCUGGAUUACCUGAGCAAGAAGAGUCCGACUCACCUGAGCAUUAGGGAUGAAAACGGAGCUGGACUGAUCCACUAUGCUGCCGCUAGUGGACAUUUGGACAUUAUUCAGCUGCUUGUGUCCAUAUCAGGACCUAAGGAGCUGGAUGUUCAGGAUGCAGAAGGCCAAACUCCUCUACAUUUCGCUGUGGAGAAAAACCAGGAGUCAAGCUGCUCACUGUUGCUGGAGUUGGGUGCCAAUCCAAACAUUGUAAACGCAGCCAUGAUGGCACCGAUUCACCUGGCUGUCAGCAAAGAACACAAUCACCUGGUGCAGGUUCUCCUAUUCUGCAGUCAGACAGAUGUGAAUCUAGAGGGAGAUUUGGGAAACACACCGUUGAUGGUGGCAUGCACCUACAACAACUGCAAAGCUCUUCAAACACUUUUUAAAAAUGGAGCAAAGCUGUGUCAUCAGAACAAGCUGGGGCAUUAUGCAAUACACACCGUGGCUUUUUCUGGAGCCAAGGAAGCUAUGGAGGUGUUACUGCAAAAAGGAGAAGAACUGGGUAUUUCCACCCUCACACAUAUUAAUUAUUUGGACAAAUCCAAGAGUAGCCCACUUCAUUUAGCGGUGCGAGGCGGAAAUACGGACGUGAUCAAACUUUGCAUCGCUAAAGGAGCGAAAGUGGACCAGCAACAGUGUGACAAAUCCACAGCACUGCACUUCGCAUGCACACAGGGAGCGAUGGAAGCAGUACAAGCAAUGCUACUUCCUUAUGAGAGAAGCAUCGAUGAAAUCAUCAACAUCAGAGAUGCAGCGAAUCAGACGCCGUUACACAGAGCCACGUUAUUUGAUCAUGUGGAGCUGGCUAAAUAUCUCGUCUCAAAGGGAGCGGACAUUGAUUGUGUUGACUGCAAGGGUUUUACCCCAUUACUCCUGGCUACAGCUAGCAGCGCAUGGAAAACGGUUUCAUUCUUACUGUCUAAAGGUGCUGAUAUUAAAAUGAAAGACAAAACUGGACGCAACUUUCUCCAUCUUGUCAUCCUCCAGCCAAAAGGACUUAAAAAUCUUCCUGAACACACUAUACAGAAUAAAGACAUGUGGGAGCUGAUGAGCGAUGAGGACUUUGAAGGCUGCACUCCUCUACACUACGCCUGCAAACUCGGCAUCCACAACUCUGUUAAAAACAUGCUGGGUUGUGAAAUCUCCCUGGGUCACAAGUCAAAGGAGAAAAAAUCAGCUCUUCAUUUUGCAGCAGAAUAUGGACGAAUAAACACGUGUCUCAGGAUUUUGGAGACGAUAAGAGACUCACGUUUGCUAAAUGAAGGAGAUGAGAACGGCCGGACGCCGCUCCACUUGGCCUCUAGGGGGGGCCACAUUAAGGUGGUGGAUCUGCUGCUCAGGAGAGGAGCGCUGUUCCAGAGUGAUUAUAAAGGCUGGUCGUGUUUACACCAUGCUGCGGCUGAAGGAUACACACAAACGAUGACUGUCCUUCUGGCAGCAAACAACAAACUGCUGGAUAACACGGACGAAGACGGGAACACAGCUCUGCACCUGGCCGCACGUGAAGGUCACGUCGCAGCUGUGAAGCUCUUACUGAACCAAGGAGCUGAGAUCCUGCUCAAUAAUAAUCACGCCUCGUUCUUCCAUGAAGCUGUGCGCAACGGGAAAAAAGAUGUAGCUAACGCCGCUAUUGAGAAUAAGAGGUCAACAGAGAUUAUGCAUCGGUCUAAAAUGAGCUGCGCUCGCUGCCCUGUGCUGGAUUUAAUCGAGUUUCUACCCGAGUCGACAAAGCAUCUUCUGGAUCACUGUAUGACUGAAUCGGAGGAUGACCCAAACAGCACUGAUUAUCAUAUUACAUACAAUUUCCAGUGGCUUCAAGUUCCAGUAAAUGUGCAAAAAUCCUCUCAAACGGACAAAGAUCAAUAUAUUCAGCCUCUGUCUGCUCUAAAUGCAAUGGUUCAGUACAACCGGCUGGAGCUGCUCACACACCCUGUGUGUCAGAAAUACUUAGAGAUGAAAUGGACAGCGUAUGGAAGUAAAGCUCAUUUACUCAACCUGGCUGUGUAUCUGUUGGGCCUUUUGCCUCUCACAUAUCUCGUCAUCAACUUGAAACCUACACAAUUCAACACAACAAAUGGCACGACCUUCUUCAUGGAGCGCAGAUCUUUCCGCAAACAAAGCUAUUUAAUUUCAGUCUCCAUGCUGAUGGUCCUUGUUAUGAACAUUUACGCCAUUUGCAAAGAGGUGAUACAAAUAGUACAACAGCGAAUGACUUACUUUUUGGACUCCUCAAAUGCAGCAGAUUGGGCAACAGCCGUUUUCUCUCUUACUUUCGUUACUCCGAUGUUCUUCAGUGUGGAAGGGAAUCUGCAUUGGCAGGCCGGAGCUUUAGCUAUUUUGUUUGCAUGGAUCAACUUCCUGCUUUAUUUCCAGAGGUUUGAUCGCUUUGGUAUUUAUGUUGUAAUGUUUGGAGAAAUCAUAAGGACACUCCUUAGUGUCCUUGUCCUUUUCUUCUUACUGUUGCUGGCUUUUGGAUUGUCCUUCCAUGCACUGAUGCUUCAUCGAGGCGAGUUCAACUCAAUUGGUCUAUCGUUGGCACAGACAUUUGUGAUGACAGUUGGAGAGCUGAAUUAUGAUACCGCGUUUCUGGAAGCAUACAAUCAGGGGCAUUUGGCUUUUCCAGGAAUCACCUAUUAUAUAUUUGUGAUCUUCGUCCUCUUCAUGCCAAUUCUUCUCAUGAAUUUGAUGAUUGGUUUGGCAGUAGGGGACAUUGCUGAGGUUCAAAGGAAUGCUGCACUAAAGAGGAUCGCCAUGCAGAUAAAUCUUCAUACUACUCUGGAAGAAAAACUGCCGUAUUGGUUCAUGAAGAGAGUGGACAAACCUAGUGUCACGUUCUACCCAAACAGGAAGUGUGCCAAAUUUCAGGGAAUGAUGGAGCAAAUCUUUGGAACCGUUAGUCCAGAAAAUGAAGUGCGCACUCGUUUAAACACUCAAGUGACAAAAUCAGGUCCAUUGGAGGCAGAAAUGAUGAAGCACAAAUCCAGGCUGAAGAAGAUUACUUCGGCGUUGGAGAAGCAAGACAUGUUAUUAAAGCUCAUCAUACAGAAAAUGGAAAUCACGACAGAGGCGGACGAGAACGAUGGACCUGACGACUUCCGGUCCAUCACGGCUGUGAAAUCACACAAAUCUCGCUGGGCUCCUUUGAUGCAAGCUCUUGGAUCCAGAAAGUCCCAAUCAAAAUCCUGAGGGUGGUGUAGAGCUCUUUGAAAUGUUAGACGUACAGUAUCUCACACUAAACAUAUACUGGUAGAAUUAAUAUACAUUGCAUUAUAACACAUUAAAAUGUAAGCGAAUAACGUCUCACU